AUGGCCGACACAGGUGCUUCACGCGUCCUACCGACAGGCUGGGAAGUGCGACUGAGUCGAUCGACGGGCGAAGUGUACUAUAUAAACGUGCUCACCAAGGAGAGCCAGUGGGACUUUCCAGAGGAACCUGCGCAAGCCAGAUUCCUGGGUCUGAUCGGAGACGACCAUGUGUGGUGUUCGCACGUGCUCGUCAAGCACCGUGAAUCGCGCCGUCCUUUCUCGUGGCGCGAAGAAAACGUCACCCGGACGCGAGACGAGGCGCUCGCGCUCAUCAAACGCUACCGCGAGGAGAUCGUGUCCGGCAAAAAGACGUUCGAACAGCUGGCGAGCCAGUACAGCGACUGCAGCUCGGCCAAGAGGAAGGGCGACCUGGGCAUGUUCGGCCGCGGUGCUACGCAGAAGCGCUUCGAGGAGGCUGCCUUCGCGUUGAAAGUGGGAGAGCUCUCCGAGCCUGUGUUUACCGAGUCCGGCGUCCACCUCAUCCUGCGGACCGCCUAAGACAUUUCCUAACCUCGGCUGCACAGUGAUUUUUGACAGGUCCUCCGCCGUAGGAUGCCGAGUGUUAGGACGACUUAGCGUGUUGGGCUGACCGAGUGCGUCUGUUGACAGGU